UGCUGCUGCUCCGCCCCGCGCCGGCGCCUGUGCUGCUGGUGCUGCAGGGCUGGGCGAUGCCAAAGCGGUCUCAGUCCCCUCGGAGCCCCCUCCUUCUCUUCUGGGGCUCACCUGGCCCGGCCAGGUAAGCAGAGGGAACCCAGCAGGGAUGGCGCUCCACCGAAGCCAGAAGCUUAACCUCUUGCGACUGGUGGUCCUUCUGACAGUGGUCCUGGCAGGCAUCAAGUUUUUCUUCCGUGACAGCUUGUCCUUGGAGCGGCGCAAGAGCUCCAAUGCGGAGGAUGGCUUUUGGGGCAACGCGGGGGACCCUCCUCAGUCCGCCAAGGCCAGGGAUCCCUCCUUGGAGCUCUGGGGGGGCAAAGGGGGUGCAGGAGCCGAGGCCCGGCUCGAGACCAGGAAGCUGCCCCUCCAAGGACCCGCCUCAACCCUCAUGCGCCUGGUGCACUUGGACCUCAAAGGGGCCGCCCCCAAAGUGCCCUACCUGGAGCAGAUCUUCCCUCUUUUCUCUAAACUGGGAGCCAAUGGGGUCCUGAUUGAGUACGAAGACAUGUUCCCCUUCAAUGGAGAACUAGAAGUCCUCAGGUCUCCUUUUUCUUACAGCGAAGAAGACAUCGACCGGAUCCUGGCUCUGGCCGAACUGAACAAGCUGGAGGUGAUCCCCUUGGUGCAAACGUUUGGACAUGCGGAGUUCAUCCUGAAGCACGACAAGUACCGCCACCUGCGGGAAGUGGAGCGCUUCCCCAACAGCCUCAACCCUCACGUGCCGGAGACCCUGGCCCUCCUGAAGGCAGUCCUGACUCAGGUCCUCAGCAAGCACCGCCGCUCCCACUGGGUCCACAUUGGGGCAGACGAGGUCUUCCAUUUGGGUGAAGGGACAGAUUCCAAAAACUGGCUGAGCCGCAACGGCGGAGACGUGGGCAAGAUGUACCUGAACCACAUCCGGGAAGUGGUCGGCUUCGUCGCCAGCGAAGGCUUCCGGGUCCUUCUUUGGGACGACAUGCUACGCAAGGUCAACGUGGCUGCCAUCCAAGAGUCGGGCAUUGCCAAACAGGCCGCUCCCAUGCUAUGGUUCUAUGCGCCAGAUUUUGACACACAACAAAUAGGGAAGUACAUCUCCAAAUACACCGAGUGUGGCUUUGGGGCUGUCUGGUUCGCCAGCGCCUUCAAGGGCACUUCAGGUCCGGCCCAGGCCUGGCCCCCCAUGGAGGCCCACCUCCAGAACCACCUCCUGUGGCUCAAGGUCAUCCAGGCCAUGCCCAGCACCAGCCCCGCCGUCCGCUUCCAGGGCAUCGCUCUCACCGGGUGGCAGAGGUACGACCACUACUCUGCUCUCUGUGAGCUCCUUCCAGUGGGGAUCCCUUCCCUGGCGGUGUGUCUGCAGACCUUGGUGAAUGGAGGAUUCACAGAGGCCACCAAGAAGAAGGUCCUCUCCAUCCUCGGCUUCCAGAACAUGGAUCUGACCAAGGGUACUUGUGAAGGCAACGGGGCCUUUCCUGGCUCAGAGAUCUACCGGAUGGUGGAGCAGGUCAACGGUCAGCUGAAGGACUCGGUGGUCAAAGUCCUGGAUGAGGAGAGCUCCAUUAAAGGCUGGUUCAGUCCGUACCACCGGAAGCACCGCUUUGGCAACCCUCGCAACCUGGAGGCCUUCGGCAGCAAAGUCCUCAAGGUCCAUGAGGACUGGGAGGGGCUGGUGCAGGCACUGCGCUCGCAGAUGGAGGCGGCCUUCUUCCCGGACACGGUGGAGGAGUGGAUGGAGGAGAACGUCAACCCACACCUGGACCGCUUGAGAGAGUUUGUCCGGGACUUGAAGGAGACACUCCGCCUCAGUGCCCGGCCCAAGGCCCCCUGAGGCAGGGGUCCCAAGAUGGGUGGGCAGCUCCCUUCUCUGCUUCUGUUUGGGGGCUGCAAGGGGGGCUUCCCAAUGGAUCAGUGGAGGCACCUCCAGGUUCCCCUGAGCCCAGCUGUCCCUCUGGUGGGAAUCCAGCCAGGACUGAGCUCAAUCCCACUCGCUUUUGGGGGCAGUUUGAUGGUGAGGGCACUUCCUCUGUCCUUCGAUGGGGAAACCACAAGCCACUUUCUUCUUUCCUUGUCACCACCAUUGACUUAUUACCACAAAUUUCUCCAUCGUUGUGGAUGGUAUCCUCUUGAUGUUGGAGUGAUGGUGAUUGACAGCUGUUACUCUUCCUGUUUUGAUGGGGUGAUUGACAGCUAUCACACCUCUUCCUGUUUUGAGGGAUGCUGGUGAUAGCUGUCACUCCCUGUACUUUGAUGGAUUAUGGUGAUUGACAGCUGCCAUCCUUUCUGUUUUGAUGGGAUGAUGGUGAUUGACAGCCAUCACUCUUCUUCCUGUUCUGAUGGAUGACAGAGAUGGACACUUGUCACUCUCCUUCCUGUUUUGAUGAUUGAUGGUGAUUGACAGCUCUCACUCCAGUUCCUGUUUAAUGGAAGCUGGUUAUAGCUGUCACUCCCUAUACUUUAAUGGAUUAUGGUGAUUGGCAGCUGUCACUCUUCCUUUUUGAUGGGAUGAUGGUGAUUGACAGCCAUCACUCUUCUUCCUGUUCUGAUGGAUGACAGAAAUGGGUAGUUGUCACGCCCCUUCCUGUUUUGAUGGUUGAUAGUGAUUAACAGUUCUCACUCCAGUUCCUGUUUUGAUGAAUGUUGGCAAUUAACAGCUGCCAUUCCACUUCCUGUUUUGAUGGGUGACACUAAUUGACAGCUGUCACUUCCCUUCCUGUUUUGAUGGGUGAGAGUGAUUGGCAGCUGCCACUCCACCUCCCAGUUCGCUCAGAUUCCCAACAUGUUUUGGUUGGGCACAGCUUCUAAAGUUACGUUGCUUCUUUGGGGUCUCCUUAGGGGUGGGGAUGUCCUUGAGUCGUUGUUCUUCUUCAUUGUACAGGACAGGUGGCUUCUGUGAUGUGGAUGAUGAUAUUAAUAAUAAUAAUAAAAAGUAUUUUUUAUAAAGAAGAA